AAGGACCUUUUAAUUUUAUAACCGACUUGUAAAUGAUGAGCAGUGUACUUGAAAUUCAGAUGAGCCGGUUGAGGAAAUGCUCUUCCAUAUGACAUUAAAAAAGCUUCCAAAUCCAACGGAAUGGCAAGUGGCUCUAUCAGGGGAAAACAUUGCAGGCCGAAACCAUUAAUAAUAAUUAUACUGGACAAGCAGAAGAGUAACAAGAGUAUAUAUUGUAUGUAUGUAAAUAUAUGACCAGGAAGUUAAGCACCUGCAUUCAAGUGUUUUGAAACAGAACGAAAUCCUGUAAGAGAGGUUGGUGUAAAUGGGGAAGGCGAGCAGGUGGAUCAGGAACUUGCUGAUAGGAAAGAAGGAAGAGAAGUACAAGCAGAUUGACGGAGGAGGGCAGAGGGAGAGCCACAGCCCCAAAGUGAAGCGUAGAUGGAGCUUCGGAAGAAAAUCAGUAAAGGUAGCAGAGCAGAGAUUGCCGUUAUCUUUUGAUUUAACUGAAGCUGCCAAGCUCCAAAUACGGGCCAUCCUCCAAUCCCUUCCUCUCCCUCCUCCUCACAUCCAAAACGCCGCCGCUACCAAGAUUCAGGCUGCUUUCCGCACUUAUUUGGCAAGAAAAGCACUGCAUGCUCUGAGGGGACUGGUGAAGUUGCAGGCGUUAGUGAGAGGUCACCUUGUCAGGAAGCAAACAACCACCGCACUGCGCGGCAUGCACGCCUUGAUAACCAUUCAAGUUAGAACCCGAAUCCACAGAAUUCUGACGGCUCAACAAUCCACCCUUCUCGACAAAAGUCACGUACGAGAAUGUAUAGAAUCGAAGGAUAUGAAUCUGAGAGAAUCGUUAGGAGUUUUAAGAAGCAGAAGUGCCCGUCUAGACGGUCCACCUCGUAAGAGCACAGAGCAUGAUGCCCGGACGCUGAGUUCAAAGCAUCUUUCGCUUUCGAAGCGACACCGUCAAUGCUCAGCACCAAACAGCCCGGCAGACUACUCGGCUAUGUCUGGAUUAAAUCCAACAGAGAGCUCAUCCACUUCCCUGCGUCAUCAACAAUCAUAUUCACGCGAACCAAAUUACAUGACAAGAACAGAGUCAUCGCGGGCCAAAGCUCGGUCCGAGAGUGAACCAAAACAACGCCCCAAACGUGGGAUCAGGCGCAUUGACAAGCCUAUAGAGCCAUUGGAUGGUCGAACGCAGAGUUCAUUCUCGGUUCAUAACAAGGCGAGGAAUUCAAUUUGAAGGGCUAGUGAUGUCUUGGAAGAAUGGUUGGUUGGUACUUGGUGGCUUCUGUCGGAGUUUUCAAAUGUUAGUUGUGGUGUAGCACUUUCGGGACAUGCCCUAGUCCUGCUCCGUAUCAUCACCAACCUAUUAUUUGGCGCAAAAAUGUAGUGGUGAAGCAAAAUCACGAAUGGUCUGCUGCAUGCCAGAUGGAAUGGGUAAUCCGUAACCCAAGCAUCACAAAAGCAGCAGAAUGCCAUAAAGUUGGGAGAACCAAAUUUUUAAAUUGUAGUGACUAGAGAGCAAACUCUCUUCUUGUAAUUGGAGCUUUCCUCUUUCGUUUUGUUAAUUGAUC